AUGGCAAAAAUGAACAAGUGGCAGGUUUAUGUGAUUGCCAUAUCUCUAUUCAUCCAUUUGGCGGCGGCGGCACGAGUGGAAGGUAUUACUGAGGAGAAAACGGUGAAGAUUAGCAAUCAUCUUCUUAUUGGUGAUACACUAACUGUCCAUUGUAAGUCUAAGAAUGACGAUCUUGGUGUCCAAACUCUCCCACCGUAUAGUAGUUGGUCAUUUAAGUUUAGACCAGCUGUUUUCGGCACAACACUUUUUUUUUGUAAUUUUAAGUGGGGUAAAGAAUCACAUUGGUUUAAUAUCUAUGAUGAUAACAGAGAUGGUCCUCGUAAUGAACAUCCAUGCGUCUUAUGUUUGUGGAAUAUAUACCCUAGUCUUGCAUGCAAAUUUGACGGGAUUGACCUUAAAUAUAACCUUUGUUAUGAUUGGAAUAAGUAA